UCCACUUUCUGUUUUGUACUGGGUGUCCUCAUCCUGACAGCAUUCCGCGCUACAGUUUGUUCUAUCCCGUAGCUGUGUCCCACUGUGCAGACUGUAUCACCAGUUCUGUGUUCUGUUUCUGUGGAGAUCGGGCAUGAGACACUGCCAUGUUCCUUGGAGCUGCUCUUCCUGGACUUGUGUUUUUAAUGGUGCAGAGGACCUGGGCACAGUAUGGGCCACCACCUCAGCCUUCCAUCUGGGCAGUUCCAGGAGCUGUGGUUUCCAAAGGUAGUGAUGUGACCAUCUUCUGCAGGACCCUUCCAGGAGUGACCACUGUGCGUCUAGCCCGUCUUGCACCCAGUACUGUGUGGUAUGAUGGUACCCCACAGGGAGCCCCGGAGGUGUUUGAAUUCAGUCUGAAGAAUAUAACACAGAGUAAUGCUGGGGUUUACUUCUGUGCAUACUUUAAUGGAAGUCAAUGGUCACGAAAUAGUAAAAAUCUGGAGCUGGUGAUGACAGGUGUUUACAGUGAGAAGCCAUUCCUUACUGCUGAUUCAGGACCUCAGGAAAUCUCAGAAAGAAAUAUGACUCUCCUCUGUCACACACAUCUUUCCUUUGACAUCUUCAUCCUCUGCAGAGGUGGAAGUGCCUCCUUUCCCCAGAGCUGCUCACGUCAGGACCACAGCACAUUCCUCAUCUCCCCUAUGAGCCCUGGGAACAAAAGGACCUACAGAUGCUUUGGCUCUCACAAACAAACUUCCUACUUGUGGUCACUGCCUAGUAAUCCACUUGAGUUUUCAAUUCCACAAUCUUCUACAUCAGAUUGCAGAUUAGAGAAUUACUUCCGGCUCAUCCUGGCUAUCGUCAUCCUGUUAGGUCUCGGGGUUCUACUGCUGUAUGCUUACAACAGCAGAGAGAGCCCAUGAUGCCUUCAGAGAGUCCUAACCUGAGAGCCUAGCUACCUUUUCCUACACUUCAUCAAUGUUGGGGGGAGGGAGCUGCUUGUUGGUUUCCAGCUGCUUAGUCCCGAAAUAACCACACAGAAACUGUAUUAAUUAAACCACUGCAUGGCCCAUUAGCUCUAGCUUCUUAUUGUCUAACUCAUAUAUUAAUUUAACCCAUUUCUAUUAAUCUCUGUAUGGCCACGUGGCUGUAGCUUACCAGCUAAAGUUCGGGCAUCUGUCUCCUGCGGGGGUACAUGGCAUCUUUCAGACUCAACCCUUCUUUCUCCCAGCAUUCCAUUUGGUUUUUCCCACUUACUUCUGUUCCCCUAUAGCUUUGCUAUAUGCAUAGAGCAGUUCCUUUAUUAACCAGUGACAUUCACAGCAUACAGAGGGGAAUCCCACAUCACAUCACAAUGCUGACGAUAAAGACUCUAAAAGGAGUUGUAAUUUCUCUGCUGAAUAUUCAGUGCCUGGAGAUGUGGUACAAUACCUGUGAUAUGACUGGAAUUUCAUAAUUCUUUGUGUGGUGUUUGUAGGAGAAAUCUCCCAAGCAGCAGAUUCCCAUUUCUUGCUUUGGUCUCCUGUGGGACAUCUUUGUGUGCCCAUCCCUCAUUUCUCAUUUCUCUGCAUAUAAUUAUCUUCCUCUUCAUUCUCCGUUAUCCUGUGGAUAUGCUACUUUGGAAUGUGAAUGAAUUGCAUUGCUGACAUGAGCAUAUCCAUGCCAUA